AUGUCAUUUACUAUGGAGAAGAUAAUCGCCGACCCUAUAUCUGAUCCUGGACAUACGUCUGUCGCCGACACUAUACCAGUCGCCGACGCUAUACUGGUCGCCGAUGCUAUAGGCAUUGCUGAACAUAGCCCGGUGAAGUCUUCUUUGAAGCGAAAAUAUGGGGAAGUAGAAGAAGACGAGAAUACGCCUGACGUCUCCCGCAUCCCUAAGCACCGUCCAGCUAAAUCCAACCAAGUGACCCGAAGUCGAGUAAAAUCUUCUAAGAAAAGGACCGCUUCCAACACUGUCACUAGUACAUCUGUCGAUCCUGCCGAGAUACAUGCGAACAAGCCAGAACCGCAUGGUCAGCCAUUAGCUUGGGCUGACAAGAGAGCGGCCUUCAAUGAUGCACUGCCAUAUUUCAAAUCGCAUCAAGGCAGCGUGUAUUCAGCAGGGCUAAUGCCCAAAGGUAUGCUUAUAGAUGGAAUUGUAGGGAUGCGUGACCACUUUUCUAGCCAGGUUAUAAUUACUUCAAUUGGUGGUGGCCGAGUUCAAGAUCCGGUUACCAAGAAGAUGGUCAGAGCCCAAGAUCAGGGGGAGGACGGCAAGAAUUAUAAGGCAUUGAUGCAGGCUUGGGAAGCAAAGCACCCCUUCGUGAUGGUAGCCGGAGCGCGCAAUAACAUGUUCCCGGUUAAACCUCCUCAUCACUAUAAUGUUCUUGACUACUUUCACGUUACAGAAAUUUGGCAAGAAAAAACCAAGGAAUCACGAGGAGAGAUAGUGGUGAUUUAUAUGGUCCGCUUGGAAAAGGUCAACUUAACUAGCAGAUCUUGGUGGGCUCCAAGAGGUGUUAGUGCUCCUGAAGCAGGUGAAUUUGGGGUUGGUGAAUACUCCUGUACGUCAAGCACUUGCACGGCUUGCCAAAAUCCGAGCAAGGAGAUUUUCGAGCAAGGUUGGACCUGUCUUAACAGUCAAUGCUCGGGAUUCUUUAAGUUUUCUACCUCACUGGACGUCAACGAGCUAAAGUACAACGACGCUUUCUUACGAGAAAGGACAGAGUAUAGUGGUACUCCGAUUGAAGAUAGUCUCAUUCCUGCUCUACCCUCUGAUCGAAAGGGCACAAUCGGCAGCGAAAAGGAGUACAAACAGGGAAUCCAUUGUCCUAAGUGCGGCUGUUGCAGCAGGAGAAUAAAGUGGGAUGGCUGGUAUUGUGAGAAUGCAGAAUGCGAUUUCACACAUGCAGUCCCUAUCAAGAUGACUCCCCUCGAUCGUAUCAAGAAGGAGAACAAAACAGUGAAGACUAAAAAGGCAACCAAUUACAAUCGUCAAGUUAAAGUUCACAAGACGACUAUAGGAGGACAGAAGCUCAAGACUUUUUUCCUCCCUGAUGAGAAUGGUGAGUAUAUCGGGACUGUCACCCGAAUAAGGCCACCAGAAGAGGCUAUUUCAAGAGAAGGUGGACUUAACGACCUGUAUUUGCAUUUGCAAAAGGAGGACCUAAAACUAGAGAGAAGACCAGCAAAGAAUCCUGGCUGUCGAGUUGAAGAGUUGACCUCCCACUUCUCUGGGAAUUUCGGUGCUCCGUACAAAUUUGGAGUGGUUGUUAAAACCACAACUAGCUUCGAGGAUGCACCCAUUCCAAUAUUAGAGACUCUUCUUCGACUAACUUGGGGAGGAAAGGCAGCCGUUGAAGCCUCGCGUAAACUCAUCCGGGACGAGAAAAUUGACGUCCCAGCAGACUCCAUACCAAAAGAUUUCAAGGCGUAUAAUGAGCAGCUGGUUCUUGGGUACUUUGAAAACUCAAAAAUCAGUGCCCACGACGACGGUGAGAAAGAACUCGGACCGAACAUUGCAUCUCUCUCCCUUGGUUCUCCUUCGGUGAUAAAGUUUUCCCCCAAGAAAGGGAAAAACAUUGGGGACACGAUAGACGUAGGCAAGAAGAAGAGAGGAACAUUCUUGUCAGUGAAGCUGAAGCAUGGUGACAUGCUGGUCAUGCAUGGAGAAAAGAUACAAAAAUUGUAUCUCCAUGCCGUCGAUCCAAAGGGAAAACAUCGAUUUGCCUUAACUUGUCGAUAUAUCCGUCCAGAAACCAUUCCUGAUAAAGAACAGCGCGCCCUGGCCGAAACUACUGGAAAGAUCCCUGAUCGAUGGACUGCCAUUAGAUAUAAUGGAGAAGAAGACCAGUUCGAAUCCCAUGCCACUGGAGAAGUUGUAGCCUGCUCUGGAACCCUUGUAGGCAGUGCCGAGUCUACUACAAAUCCGGCACCAUCUGAAUACACCAAUUGA